GCAUGGUGGUCAAUUUUGCUCCUGUCAAUUUGGUAACUGAAGUCAAGUCCGUGGAAAUGCAUCAUGAAGCUUUGUCCGAAGCUUUGCCCGGUGACAAUGUGGGCUUCAACGUCAAGAACGUUUCGGUUAAGGAAUUGCGUCGUGGCUAUGUUGCCGGUGAUUCUAAGAAUUGUCCACCCAAGGGGGCUGCCGACUUUACUGCCCAGGUUAUUGUCCUCAAUCAUCCUGGCCAAAUUGCCAAUGGCUAUACCCCUGUCUUGGAUUGCCAUACCGCUCACAUUGCUUGCAAAUUUGCCGAAAUCAAGGAGAAAUGUGAUCGCCGUACCGGUAAAACAACCGAAACCGAUCCGAAGGCUAUUAAAUCGGGUGAUGCCGCCAUUAUUAUGCUGGUACCCACCAAACCGUUGUGUGUUGAAUCUUUCCAAGAAUUUCCACCAUUGGGACGUUUUGCUGUGCGCGAUAUGAGGCAAACUGUCGCUGUGGGUGUCAUCAAGUCGGUGACAUUUAAAGAGACGACUUCGGGUAAAGUCACAAAAGCCGCUGAGAAGGCCCAAAAGAAGAAAUAACUAGGGAGCAGCCAGAAGAAUAUGCAACAACAACAACAAACAAAACAACAACAGCAAAAUGUUAUACCACAACAAAAACAACAACAACAACAAGAAAAUGAAUAUCAAUUUCUGUU